AUGUCAUUCAUCCAGCACGUUUAUGGGGCCCAGCAUCCCCCUUUCGAUCCGCUGCUUCACGGCACCUUGCUCAAGUCUGUGCCCAGGCUGCCCAGCACCCCCGUGAAGGCCAAGCGCGGCAGCACCUUCCAGGAGUUCGAGAGCAACACGAGUGACGCCUGGGACGCCGGAGAGGAUGACGACGAGCUGCUGGCCAUGGCGGCCGAGAGCCUCAACUCCGACGUGGUCAUGGAGACGGCCCACCGCGUCCUGCGCGACCACAGCCAGAGGCAGGGGCAGCACCGGCAGGAGGGCCCGGCCUCGGGGGACAGCCCCAAGCCCCGGCCAGAGGUGCCCCUGGCCCCAAGCACUGACGCCCGGCUGGUGAAGUCGGCUAGCGAGAGCCACUCGCCCCGGCCUGCAGAAAGCCCCAGUGAAGCCGCACCCCUGCAGCGCUCGCAGUCCCUGCCCCCCUCAGCCACCGUGGCCCUGGGAGGGGCGUCUGACCCUGGUGUCCUCAGCAGCGCGGCCCUGAGUGAGAGGGAGGCCUCCCGGCUCGACAAGUUCCAGCAGCUCCUCGCCGGCCCCAACACGGACCUCGAAGAAUUGCGCAGGCUGAGCUGGUCCGGCAUCCCGAGAGCUGUCCGUCCGAUUACGUGGAAGUUGCUCUCGGGCUACCUUCCUGCCAACGUGGACCGGAGACCCGCCACUCUACAGAGAAAACAGAAGGAAUACUUCGCGUUCGUUGAGCACUAUUAUGACUCCAGGAAUGACGAGGUUCACCAGGACACCUACAGGCAGAUCCACAUAGACAUCCCUCGGAUGAGCCCAGAAGCACUGAUCCUUCAGCCCAAAGUCACAGAGAUUUUUGAAAGGAUACUGUUCAUAUGGGCGAUUCGUCACCCGGCCAGCGGCUACGUCCAGGGGAUGAACGACCUCGUCACGCCCUUCUUCGUGGUCUUCAUCUGUGAGCACAUAGAUGAAGAGGACGUGGACAGUGUGGAUGUCUCCCGCGUGCCUGUGGACGUGCUGCGUAACAUCGAGGCGGACACCUACUGGUGCAUGAGCCGGCUGCUGGACGGUAUCCAGGACAACUACACUUUUGCUCAGCCUGGGAUUCAAAUGAAAGUGAAGCUGCUGGAGGGACUUGUGAGCAGGAUUGAUGAGCAAGUGCACCGGCACCUGGAGCAGCACGAGGUGAAGUACCUGCAGUUCGCCUUCCGCUGGAUGAACAACCUCCUCAUGCGUGAGGUGCCCCUGCGCUGCACCGUCCGCCUGUGGGACACCUACCAGUCUGAACCUGAGGGCUUCUCCCAUUUCCACCUGUACGUAUGUGCCGCUUUCCUCGUGAGGUGGAGGAAGGAGAUCCUCGAAGAGAGAGAUUUCCAGGAGCUGCUGCUUUUCCUCCAGAACCUGCCCACAGCCACCUGGGACGACGAGGAUGUCAGCGUGCUGCUGGCCGAGGCCUACCGCCUCAAGUUCGCCUUUGCAGGUGCCCCCAACCACUACAAGAAGUGA